AUGCCGUCUCCCGUCUCCCGAUCCCCUGCUGCCAUCUCCCGCCCUGUCGCCGUUCAUCUCGCCUCCCGCCAUCCAGCUAAACGCUUUCCCGCAUCUCACAGGUCCUCUUCCAAGGAUGAGCCUCAACUCUCACCUACUGCUACAAACUUCGCCCCUCGCGCCGGCGCCAAUGCUCAUCCCAAAGACCGUCGCAUGAGCGACCUCACCAACUAUCGACGUGAGCUCGCCGUUCUCGAAACCUCCCGAGUCCCUCAGAUCCACCAGAUUCCGCCCACCGGCGGCGCGAGCCCUCAAAUAGCACCGUGGAUGAACCAGCCCGGUUCCCCUUCGACCUCUUCCAACAUGCCGACCACUUUCUUCAACGAUUCGAGCGACAACCUCUCCCUCGCCUCCCAGCUUUCUCCGGGUCAUCAGAUCAGUAACCGCCAACCACAUCAGCACCAGUAUGCUUCUCAUCCCUCGCAACACGAUGCCCCCGAGGCUUCAUAUUUUGAUGGCAGGCGCCCAUCCGCUGCCAGUAUCCUCACGGCGAGCAGUCAGGGCAGCAAAACCAGUAUAACCAGAGGUGGUUUUCGCAAACUUCAGGGCUUCUUUGGCGAGGAAUUCCCUGGGCGCGAUAGCUCAGAUGGCAGCCUACCCACUUCGCUCGCGGGCAAGGACCAGCGUGGACGCUCUUAUAGCCACAGCCGCCCCACACAUAGAGAUCGCAACUAUUCCAAUGCCACGGAUCACACUCGCGAUGCAUCACCAUCAUCUUCCAGACCGAGAACUCCAGUUCCUGCACCAGAGGUGGUGCCUUUUCUAUACCAGGACAACAGUGACAUCGCUCGAUAUGGCGAAGCUCCCGUCCGAGACAUCAUGACCGGACCCGAUCGAGAGCGAUAUAGGCCAAAGCCCGACACCAAGUACUAG